CGGGGCCGCGGCAGGGCAGCGUGCGGGGCCAGCGGGGCUGCGAGGGUGAGCUGCCACAGCCACAGGGGAAAGCAGCCAGAAACCCAGCAGAGAGCCUGCUCGUUUUGGUUUCGUUCUAAUUAAUGUGACCCUCUCAUAAGCAGACAACAAAAAGAACAAUGAAGAACUAUCCUGCAAAUUCCACAGAACAGGACCUCUCUGAUCCUGAAUGUGGAAGCAAGGAUUGUGAGGAUUCUCCUUUCCAACAUGAGGAAAAUGUAGAACAAAUUGACCAGUUAAAGGACAAGAAGAAAAUGAAGGAAGACGAGAAGCCAGAGAAACGAAUAGUUGGCAUUCUCGAAUUGUUUUGCUAUGCUGAUGGGGUGGAUGUCCUGUUGAUGAUAGUUGGUUUGGUCGCAGCGGCUGCGAAUGGCACUGGAAUGCCCCUUUUGAUCAUUAUCUUUGGAGACAUGACAAACAGCUUUGUGCUAAGUGGCAUACAAUCCAAUGAUACUUCAGUAAACAGUUCCAGCUGCCCAUUGGAUCCAGGUGUUGAUAUAGAAGGUGACAUGACAAAGUUUGCUUACUACUUCGUGGGAAUUGGCUUUGCUGUGUUGAUCCUGAGCAUCAUCCAAGUGUGGACAUUCUUGGUUACUGCUACAAGGCAAACUGCAAGGAUCCGGCAGAAGUUCUUUUUUGCAGUGCUCCACCAGGAGAUGGCUUGGUUUGAUACUACCCAGAUAGGAACACUGAACACCAGACUGACAGAUGACAUCAACACCAUCCGUGAAGGCAUCGGAGACAAGAUCAGUAUAUUUCUGCAAUUUUUUUCCACGUUUGUGUCAGGGCUUAUUGUAGGAUUCAUCUAUGGGUGGAAGCUGACCCUGGUGGUUAUGUCAGUCAGCCCACUUCUUGCUGCGUCAGCAGCAGUUUGGUCAGCGCUCCUGGCAUCCCUUACUGCUAAAGAGCUGUCUGCUUAUGCCAAAGCAGGAGCUGUAGCAGAAGAAAUUUUGACAGCGAUCAGGACUGUUGUGGCUUUCAAUGGACAGCAGAAGGCAAUGGAGAAAUAUGAUGCUAACUUAGAGAUGGCUAAACGUGUUGGAAUGAAAAAAUCCAUUACCACUAACACAUGUCUAGGUCUUUCGCAAUUUUUUAUCUUUGGAUCCUAUGCCCUUGCAUUUUGGUACGGGACCAAGCUCACUGCUGAGGAUCCACAUUAUGACAUCGGCCGUGUGUUAAUUGUGUUCUUCUCUGUGCUUGUCGGAGCUUUCUGCCUGGGCCAGGCAGCUCCUAACCUGGAGAAUGUGGCCAAUGCACGUGCGGCUGCCUAUGAAGUAUAUAAGAUUAUCAAUAAGAAACGGCUCAUAGACAGCAGUUCUAAGGAAGGUUACAAGCCAGACAAACUUGUAGGAGAAAUUGAAUUCAGAAACAUCCAUUUCAGUUACCCUUCCAGACCUGAUGUUAAAAUCCUCAAAGGUCUAAACUUGAAAGUUCAAACUGGGAAGACCAUUGCUUUAGUUGGUGCCAGUGGCUGUGGAAAAAGCACUACCAUUCAGUUGCUGCAGAGAUUCUAUGAUCCUGACCAGGGAGAAAUUACCUUAGAUGGUCGGGAUAUUCGGACCCUUAAUACGAAGUGGUUACGAGAAAAUAUUGGCAUUGUGAGCCAGGAGCCUGUUUUGUUUGCAACCACAAUAGCUGAGAACAUUCGCUAUGGCAGAGAAGACAUUUCUGAUGCUGAAAUUGAACAAGCAGCCAAGGAAGCAAAUGCUUUUGACUUUAUAUCUAGACUGCCUGAUAAAUUUAACACCAUGGUGGGUGAAAGAGGGGCUCAGCUGAGUGGAGGACAGAAGCAACGAAUAGCUAUUGCCCGUGCCCUGGCAAGAAAUCCCAAGAUUCUUCUUCUGGAUGAAGCUACAUCUGCAUUAGAUACUCAGAGUGAAUCCGUAGUGCAAGCAGCUCUUGAUAAGGCUCGGGCUGGGCGCACCACCAUCGUGAUUGCUCACAGGCUGUCUACCAUCAGGACUGCUGACACUAUUGCUGGAUUUGAAAAAGGUGUCGUGGUUGAACAAGGGACACACAGUGAACUGAUGCUGCAGAAAGGAGUCUACUAUUCCCUUGUAAUGCAGCAGGGUUGUAGCAGUGAUGUUCAAGAUGAUGGCACGUCAGAAGAUAGUGAAGGCAUGGGAGCUGAGGAAUAUGAGGAAAAUAUAAAUCCUGUGGAAAAGCUGACUCUUCAAGAUCAUUUUGAAACAUCUGUGAUACCAGGGAGAGGCAGCAUUCGAAGAAGAUCCAGCAGAUAUAAGAGCAAGAGGAGUUCAUCUAAAAAUCCCUUUGGAAAAAAGAAGAAUAAAAAGGAGGUGGAGGAAGAAAAACUCCCCUCUGUGUCUUACUUAAAAAUCCUGGCUCUGAACAAACCUGAGUGGUUCUACGUCCUGCUGGGAGUGAUUGCUGCUGCUGUCAUAGGUGCAGUCCAUCCUGCGUUUGCUGUUAUAUUUGGAAAAAUCAUUGGGGCUUUUCAAGAAAGAGAUCCAGUAAAAAGGAGUAAAAACACUGUGGUGCUUUCUUUAAUAUUUCUUUUACUUGGAGUGAUUAUCUUAGCAGCAUACAUAAUCCAAGGAUUCAUGUUUGGGAAGUCUGGGGAAUCCCUAACGAUGAGACUGCGCUCUUUGUCCUUCAGAGCAUUACUUCAGCAGGAGAUUGGGUGGUAUGAUGACCAGAAAAAUGCUGUUGGUGUUCUGCUAACUCGUCUUGCUACAGACGCUUCCCAAGUUAAAGGCGCUACUGGAAGCCGACUUGCACUGAUGACUAUGACUGUCUUUACCCUUGUGACCGCCAUCAUUAUUGCAUUUGUAUAUGGCUGGCAGCUAACUUUGCUUAUCCUGGCCUGCAUUCCUUUUAUUGUUGGUGCAAAUGCUGUGAAUGCCAGCUCUAUGUCUGGUCAUGCUGCAGAAGAUCAAAAAGCUCUGGAAGAGGCUGGAAGAAUUUCGACAGAAUCAGUUGAAAACAUAAGAACUGUAGCUUCACUGACCAAGGAAGAAGCAUUUUAUGAAAGAUAUGUUGCUAGUUUGAAUCAUACAUAUAGAAAAUCUCUGAAAAAAGCCCCUUUCUAUGGAUUUACCUAUGGAAUAUCUCAGUCUUCAGAGUACUUUAUUAAUGCAGCAGUCUUCAGAUUUGGAGCAUGGCUCAUUGCUAAUUGUCUGACCAACUUUGAAAAUGUAUUUAUAGUCUUCUCUUCUGUCAUGUUUGCAGCUAUGAAUGUUGGUCAGUCUGCUUCCAUGGCACCAGACUAUGGCAAAGCUCGAACGUCAGCCCAAAGAAUCCUUCAGCUUUUGGACAGAAAACCUCUAAUCGACAGUUACAGUGAACAAGGUGAAAAAUUGAACCAUUUUGAAGGCAACAUUGAAUUCAGAAACAUCCAUUUUGUAUAUCCAACAAGGCCAGAAGUUCAGGUUUUGCAAGGACUCAGUGUGAAGGUUAACAAAGGUCAGACUUUGGCAUUAGUAGGAAGCAGCGGCUGUGGCAAAAGCACAUCUAUUCAGCUCUUGGAGAGAUUUUAUGACCCUGUGGAAGGACAAGUGCUAGCAGAUGGAUUUGAUACCAAAUCUCUUCAUUUACAAUGGCUGAGGUCCAGGCUGGGCCUGGUGUCACAGGAGCCCAUUUUGUUUGACUGCAGCAUUGCUGAAAAUAUCCAAUAUGGAGACAACAGUAGGGUGGUUAGCCAGGAGGAAAUUGAAGCAGCAGCUAAAGCAGCAAAUAUUCAUGCCUUCAUUGAAAAACUGCCAGAGAAAUAUAAUACCCGUGUGGGUGAGAAAGGAACUCAACUUUCUGGAGGUCAAAAACAAAGAAUAGCAAUUGCCCGUGCUCUGGUUCGUAAUCCUGCUGUUCUGCUUCUGGAUGAAGCUACCUCUGCUCUUGAUACAGAAAGUGAAAAGAUUGUCCAGAGAGCUCUGGAUAACGCGCGGCGAGGCCGGACCUGCAUCGUCAUUGCCCACCGCCUGUCCACCGUGCAGACCGCCGACAUCAUCGUGGUGAUCCAGAACGGCAGGGUGGUCGAGCAGGGAACCCACAGCCAGCUGCUGGCAAAGGAAGGACACUACUAUGCCCUUGUAAACGCACAAGUCUCUAAUUAGUACUACGUGCUGAGUUUUGGGGGCUUUUUCUUUUGUUGUUUGUUUGUUUUUUUAUGGGAAGAUGUGAAAAGCUCUACAGAGGAUUACUGUUGAUUGUGUCUGUGCUGACCAAGCAGGAACUGUGUUGCAGCCUGGUUGCUGUGUCCAGUGCAGCCCUUGGCCCACACAUCCAUGAGGAUGAGCAGUGCCUGCCCGUUGAUGGGUCACAGAAGGUGCACAGAGGAGUCCUAGGGACUGAAUGUGUUGAGGAGUUUGGUGUGUCACUGCUGGGAGGUGUCAGACCUGCUGUAGCCUCACCCACAGCUCAGGUGGGCACCCUGCUCUCCCUGUCCCCCCAAACCCUGGCCCACAGCAGCUGCCAUAGAACAAGAUGAUAACAGAGGAUGACAGCAGUUAAGCAUCACAGAUAAACAACAAGCUGGUGUUUGUGGAUGCUCUUUGAGUUUCUUCAUCAGCCAGAUGAAGUCAUAAUGUUUUCUUUAGUUAAAGAUGAUUAUAAAUGCUUACUGAAAACUGAGGUUCCUCCCCAAAAGAGUUUGCAUUAAAAAGUUGAUGCAUGGGUUUGGUUUUCUCCAACCCAUGUUGAUGCAUGGGUUUGAUUUUUUCCCCUACUUUUUGCCACAUUUCUCAUAUUACUGUGCUUCACCAAUUUCUUGGACAUUCAACAGUCUAUUUCAGAUUAUAAUUAUAAUAGUUACAACCUUUCCAUAUCAAGAUAAACUGUAUAAAAGAUACCAUUGCUUUAUUUAGUAUUUUUCAAAUGCUGACCUAACAGUUUAUGCAUUCUUUGUAUCCAUCAAGAUAAAUUCAAAAGUUUUGUGGGAGCUAGGAUGACAUUAUUGGAGUGGACUCCUGUCAGCCAUGUAAAAAGCUUUUCUCUAAAAUAAAGAGAAAAGGAAAAGUUGUUUUCAAUAUAAGUUCCUUUCUUUUUAAUAGGCAUAGUACUUAUGGUCACAGUUUAGUAGUGACCUGAUAGUGUUAGGUUAGCAUUUGGACUUGAUAAUUUAAAGGGUCUUUGCCAUUCUAAAUAACUCUAUUAUUCUAUGACUAAUUUCAAAGAUUUUUUGAAGAGCUGGCAAAGCUUGUUUAAACAUGUGCUUUAAUAAUUCGUUAUUCCUCUGAUACAUUCCUCAGGGUGCUGCAAUACAUCCUUUAACUGUUGAAGAGUAUGUACUGUGUAGUCAGAGUGACUCAGCAGCUGGGAUUUUUUGGCUGGUUAAACCCAAUUGCAGCAUUUUAAUUUUCCAAGGCUUUGCACAUGGCUUUGAGUUAGGAUUUAUAGCCUGGAGCAACCUGCAGUACUUUAUAAUUUCCAGAUUGUAGCAGACAAACUUACGGUAAUCACCAUCUCCUUUGCUUAUUUCAAUUAUUUUCCAGCAUCAGGAUCUGCAAGGGAAAUAAAACACACAAAACAAAAUCUGAUCUCACUUUUGCCAAAAUAAAUACUGUUGCUUUCCCUCACAGUUUUUCUCAGAGACUGUUCUAUGAGGAAUUUUUACUCAUUCAGACACCCCUCUUAUGUGAUCUCUUCAUUUUCUUGUGAUAGGCACAUACUAUGGAACUGCUGCCCUUAUUCCCAACUAUCUCAUGUGGGCUCCAAUUAAUUCCCUUUUCCCUGUUUUGUUUCUGCACUGGAGUUAAAAUUACAAGCACUAGAUUUUGAUUCCCAGUUUUGAAAAUAAAAAAAGAAAAGUAACAUCAGAGUGUACUGUACCUACCACUUCUCUUAGCAGUGGGUAAUUUUUGCCCAGAUCCCUUUCCCAUGACCAGCCUCCAUUUUUUUGGAGCCUUUCCACUGAUGGAGGCUGGAAACUACUCCCCACUCUGAGGAUCUUCCCAGGCCUCAACCUCUGUGUGUAACAGCCAGAUCCUCAGGGAUCUGAGGAUGCUGCAUCAAUGGGCAAGGUGCUGAGGAGGUGUAAACUGCCUUGAUAGUUCUCUUGUUCUGCUUGGGGGUCACCAUGAGCAGAGAACACCCUUGGUGCCACACUGGGGAACCUCCUCCCUGGAGCAGGACCAGUCCAGACACCUCAGGCCCUCAGCACUGCUGUGCCUGCCUACUAGCACACAGAUUGGGCUGCAUGGCUUUACUGACUCCAUGAGGUAUAGAGAGAUACAUAUGUUCAGCUUGUAGGCACUGCUAGUAAACUCUGUGCUCUGAUACUUUAUUUCAGACCAUCCAAGUCACCUUCCUGGCUGGGUAUGCCCAUAGAGCUUGCAGACUGGCUAUGUUCCGAUUAAAAAUUAAAUUAAGAGAGAAAUGUAUGUCAAAAGCACUUUUUUCAGCACCAAGCCCUGUAUGAUAUAGAGAUGAAAAAAACCAACCCUGAUAGAGGAUUUGUUGGCUCCACCAAGUAAACAAUCAAUUUUUCCUUCAAAAUGCCUUUUGAAUGUCUUCUCUGAAGUCUUCACUCUCUUCUCUGGGAAAUCAUAUCUUAAAUAAUUCCAUAGGAGACUUAGCUCAGACACUUGCUUAAUGCCAUCACUGAUCUAAGUGCUCCUCUUCUAGUCAUGAAUGAGGCCUUUAGUGUUCCUUGACAAGGGUAGGCCAAUGUGUUCCCUUCACCCCUAUCGUUGCAGGAAUCAUUUUAGGGAUGGGGUCCCCAGUGACACCUGCCAUGACUCACCAUAUUGUGGGCAUAUUUGGAGAACUCCAGCACUUGUGCAGGGUUAGGGUAGACUUUUAACUCUGACACCUGGGAUAUA